AUGAAUGGUUGGUGGUGGCAUCCAAAGAAAAGAGUUACAACUCAUCCAUCAGAAGAGGAUUACCGAUGUUGCUGCGGAUGUUGCACAUCGAAGUGUGGCUUCAUCUUCUUCACUGUUGUUGCAAUUCUUUGGUAUGCCACUUUUGGAAUCAUCUACAGUUUGGUCAUGCUGGUGUCGGGUCCUAUUGGAUGGAUCAAAAUGGCGUGCUCAAUUUGUUUGGUUGUGUGUGGUAUUUUGGCGAUUGUCAAACAACAACCCAUCUACAUGCAAAUCUACUGGGUUGUCUCGUGGGUAGCAAAUGGAAUCGUGCUUGUCAUCAAUCUCAUCUAUCUUGCCAUUCUUGCGUAUCAAGCAAAUGAUGCCGCCAACAAGCAUAUGAGUGAUGAGUUCCAAACAAAGGCUUGGAGCAUGUUCUUCGCACAAAUCUUCGGAAUCGUCAUCCAAAUAGCAGUGGCCGCGUGGAUGUUGUGCAUCACUUGGUCAUAUUACUCAUAUUUGAGAGAUCGAAAACUCUACGAAGAGCAACAAGGCCAACAAGUCAAUCCAAAUGUCGUCGUCUACAAAACCCCCGCAUCCAACAACUACCCAACUCAUAAACAG